CGCGCACCCGUCGUCGUUCUCUGCCCACUGGACCGGUGGACUUGGAGGCAGCGGAUUCUGGGACAGCAAGCCACCAGGCAGGACAGCGCUGUGGGGACGCCAGGCUAAGUGUUUAUCAUGGCUUCCAGCCACGCCGUGUUGAUGAGGCUGGUAGCUUCGGCAUAUUCUAUUGCUCAGAAGGCAGGAACCAUAGUCAGGUGUGUCAUUGCUGAAGGAGACCUGGGCAUCGUACAGAAGACCUCAGCCACUGACCUGCAGACCAAAGCAGACCGCUUGGUACAGAUGAGCAUAUGCACUUCCCUGGCACGGAAAUUCCCGAGGCUGACAAUUAUAGGGGAAGAGGACCUGCCUCCUGGGGAAGUGGAUCAAGAGCUGAUUGAAGACGGGCAGUGGGAGGAGAUCCUGAAGCAGCCGUGCCCAUCGCAGUACUGCGCUAUCAAGGAAGAAGACCUUGUGGUUUGGGUUGACCCCUUAGAUGGCACCAAGGAAUACACUGAAGGUCUUCUUGACAAUGUGACAGUUCUCAUUGGGAUUGCUUAUGAAGGGAAGGCCAUUGCAGGCAUCAUCAACCAGCCGUAUUACAACUACCAGAACAAUGAAAAGGAGAAGCUCAGGGAACACAGGAAUGAGGCAAAGGCGGGACCUGACGCUGUGCUGGGCAGGACCAUCUGGGGAGUUCUGGGUCUGGGUGCUUUUGGGUUUCAGCUGAAAGAAGCACCUGCUGGGAAGCACAUUAUCACGACCACCAGAUCCCACAGCAACAAGCUGGUCACAGACUGCGUGUCGGCCAUGAACCCCGACACCGUGCUGCGGGUGGGAGGAGCAGGAAACAAGAUUAUCCAGCUGAUUGAAGGCAAAGCCUCUGCCUAUGUAUUUGCAAGUCCUGGAUGUAAGAAAUGGGACACUUGUGCCCCAGAAGUUAUCUUGCAUGCUGUGGGAGGGAAGUUGACAGACAUCCACGGGAAUGCCCUGCAGUACGACAAGGACGUGAAACACAUGAACUCUGCCGGAGUCCUGGCCGCACUGCGGAACUAUGAGUACUAUGCAAGCCGAGUUCCAGAGUCGGUCAAAAGUGCACUUGUUCCCUGAAGGGGUCUGUCACUUACCCAGGGGCCUUGGUUCAAAGGAGCACAUUUUAGAACUGAUUAAUUGAUUGCACAAUUAGAGAUCUGCCUGCAUUCAUCAUUGAUCAGUGAUUUAUUAGUAGUUAGGGGUAGAGAUGGAAUUAAAGAAUUGUCUUCAUAUUGUCUAAUACUCUGAAGACUUAGGUAUAUAAUACAAUUGUCAUUUCUCCUGCCUAAAAAGGAUUAGUCAGGUGUGGUGGCACUUACGGAAGUCAUUCCUAUCCCAGUGGUUGAACUAGGAAGAUUGCUUGAGGCCAGGGCCUUGAGACUAGCCUCCUUUACAUAGCAAGACACAGCCUAAAAACAAAGAAGAGAAAAAAACCAGAAUUUACUUUUAAUAAUUAGCCAACCAGGCCCAUCGUUCUGCUUUUGUUAUUGUUGUUUGCUCGGGGGUUUUUCCCGUUCUUUUUGUUUGGUUCCCCCCCCCCCCCCGUUUUUUUU